AUGACACAUGACCUAAUUAAGACUUUCAAAUCUCCAUCCAGUGAUGUCAGUGUUAUCGGCGUUCAACAGAUCGAUCGAGUUGUGGAGGUCGUCGAACAGACGCUCUUGGGGAACACUGUUCGCUUCAUGGAGAAACGGAUUGAUGAGAGCGAUCCGAAGCACCGCCGCCUGGGCGGAGCGCCCCUAUCCCUGCCUAAAAUCCGACGGAAUCCACUGAUCGAGAUACUCGCCAUCAGCACUGGUUGCCUAAAUGCCUGCACCUAUUGUAAGACAAAGCACGCUCGUGGUGUUCUGGCCAGCUACCCGAUAGCAGAGUUAGUGCAGCAAGCGGAGGAGGCUUUUGCAGAGGGAGUCAAAGAAGUCUGGCUAACAUCUGAAGACCUCGGCGCCUAUGGACGUGAUCUGCCCCGUAGCGAAUUUUCCCCGAAGAUAGUAUCCCCAGUUGUAGCCAGCCAAUGGCCGGACCACAUUACACUUGCAGAUUUGUUGAUAAACUUGGUGCCCGUCAUUCCAGCUGGCUGUAUGCUUCGACUUGGAAUGACCAACCCCCCAUACAUUCUGGAUCAGCUGAACGAGAUCGCUGCGGUCUUGAGGCAUCCACGCGUGUACACCUUCCUCCACAUACCUGUCCAAUCAGGCUCUAAUCACGUGCUGGGUGCUAUGCGGAGGGAAUACACCAUUGAGGAGUUUUCCCGCGUUGUGGACUUUCUCACGGAGAAUGUCAACUUUACUGACUCCAAGCACAAGCUGACAAUCGCCACCGACAUCAUCUGCGGUUUUCCCAACGAGACUGAGCCGGACUUUCGGGAGACUGUUGCACUGGUUGAGCGUUACAAGUUUCCUGUCCUCUACGUUAAUCAGUUCUUUGCCAGACCCGGCACUCCAGCUGCCUCCAUGAAAAGUCCCCCCUUCCUUCUUCUACCUCUCAUCUCCCUCCUCUUCCUACGUGUACUCAUCCUCAUCAUACAACCCCUCUUCCUUCGACCCCUACGCCCCCUAUUCCUCCUACACCUCCUAUUCUUCUUCGCCCUACGUCCUUUGUUCCUCCUAUGCCUCCUCUUCCUCCUACUCCUACAUCUCUUCUUCCUUCUCCUGCGCCUCUUCUUCCUCCUACGCCCCAUCUUCUUCCUCCUAUGUCUCAUCUUCCUCCUCCUCUCCCGUCUCCUACGUCGACUCUUCCUUCUCCUCCUCCUACGCCCCCUCCUACGUCUCCUCACCCUCCUACGCGUCCUAUUCUUCCUCCUAAGUCUUUUCUUCCUUCUACUACCCCCGUUCCACCUACACCUUCUCCUACACCUCUUCUUCGUCUUACUUCCAUCUCCUACGCCUCCUCUUCCUCCUAAGUUCCUUAUCCUACGCCUAUUCUUCCUCUUCCUACGCACCCUUUUCCUCCUCCACAUACGUCCCCUGUUCCUCCUACGCCUACUCCUACACCUCUUCCUAUUCCUCCUCUUCGUUCUCCUCCUAUGCCUCAACUUCCUCCUCCUACUCCUUCAACUCUUCUUCCUCCUACACCCCAUCUUCUCCUAUGUCUCAUCUUCAUACGCCUUCGCCUCCUCAAUCGUGGCCGGCGCUUUAAAGAUCUCCUUUUUUGCACCACCAACAGAGAGGCCACCACUGCGGAGCUAUCGGCCCUACACCGGACGGGAGGGUCUGCGGUAUCGGGUCCUGAUAACAGAGACCAGCACUGAUGGCCUGCACUGGGUGGGACAUACAAAAGCCUACGAACAGGUAAGUAAGCACACAAACUGCUGUACACCAAGUCCUUAUGCUUUAGUCUUGAGGACAGUUACGCAAAAUAUGCUGCAUCCUACGAAUCCGUCAGAUGUAACACGCAUGAUAUUGCGCAAGAAAACAUUGGCGAACAGGCCCAGAAAUAGGGCUACGAUAGAUGGGGAAUGA